GAAAUACAAACUAUCAAAAAUGGCAAUGUAUGAAAAUUCGUAUGUCCCAAUCUGCCAUCCGUUAUUUCAAACACGAUUAUUUUGAUAAAGUUCAAUAAAACUAUAGUGACAUUUUGAUAUUAAACCGUGUUGCGGGGUGAGGGGAUCUACUUAAAUUGCUUUUUUUUGGUCGUUUGCAUAACUUUAAUAGGUAUAAAUUAAUUUUAAACUUGUCCCAGAGAACGUUCCAAAAAUGGAUUUCAGAUUUUGUUACCCAUUUUCAAUACAUUAUAAGUUAAAAAACUUCCAUUUAGUUAAAUAAUUGCGAUUUGGCAACACUACAGGUUCCGUUAAAUGCCGCCAUAUUGAUUUAGGCCUCAGUCUUGUUCCGACAUUAUUUGAGAAGGACGCGUCCAGUUUAAAAAGUGAAUCGCAUUCCGGCAUUUGUUACUGCUGUUUCAAGCGCAAGAAAAUGCCACUAACUCCGUCUGAAAAAAUGAAACGUUACAGAGAAAAGUUAAAAGAAAAUCCGGAUAAGAUGGAACAAAUAAGGAAGAAAAAUCUAGAAAGAAUAAAAUCAAAAUAUAAAUAUAAAAAAAUAUCGGAAAUGACCGAAACGGAAAAAAAAAUGCAACGAAAAAAGUGGAAAGAAGAAAAACAAAAACAAAAGGACAAAAGAGAAUCUAAAAAAGAAGCAAGUAGUAGCUCUUUAUCAAGAACAGCUGUUUUAGCAGACUCGGUAACUAAAAUCAAAACUUCGGCCACGGAUAAAAUACCACCGGACGAGGCGACGCCUGGAACACCAUCGACUAUUUUAAGGUUGUCCAAAGCUACAGCAAGUUUACGAAAGUCUAAAAAUAAAUUAAAACUAGAAUAUGAUAAAGCUCAAAGUCGUAUUACUUAUCUAGAACGAUCUCACGAAACUGCAAGAAAAAAAAUAUACAGACUACAAAAAUGUAUAAGAGAAGAAAGAAAGAAGUUUGAGACCGAAUUAUUAAAAAUAAAAGCCAGAAAUGAGGUCUUAGAAGCUUCUUUGAAAUUGACUUACAAAAAUUGUGAAAGUAAUAAAGAGAGGGCCCUGAUAAAGAAAAUUGCAAAAAAUGAUCUAGUGAAGGAUAGUAAAUCACAGACAUUAAUUUCAAGACGAAUUGGUGUACGAGUGAGAAACAAAAAAUCGAUCAAAAGUAUUUCGAGAUUAAAAAAAUCUAUAAUAGAAUUUUAUAUUCGAGAUGAUGUAAGUAGGGCAACUGCAGGCAAACGCGAAUGCAAAACUUUAAAAAAAAAUAAACAGCAAAUAAGAUAUCUUAAUAUGUCUUUGCGAGGUUUACAUGAGCAGUACAAGAAAGAAGGUGGUAUUGCAGCAUUUUCUACAUUUUGUCGAUUCAAACCUUUUUACAUUUUAAGUCCAACCAUACACAAUCGAAAUACAUGCCUCUGCAUUAAGCACUCAAACAUGAAUUUCAAAAUAGAAGCACUGAAUCGUCAUAAAAUAAUCGAUUUCCGUAGUUCGCAUACUCUCUUGGCAAAAGUAGCUUGUAAUGUAGAAAAUAUUGAUUGCAUGUAUGGCAAAUGUAAAAAUUGUAACAGAAUUUCACUUCAUUAUGAUUUAGAAAAUAUUUCAGGCUAUCAAAAUAUUACAUGGCAGAUGUGGGAAAGUGAGAUCCACUCGUAUAAAAAAAAUAACAAUGACGGAGAAAAAGAAAUAAAAAUCAAAAAGACUGUUAAGUCACACAAGAACAACACAGUAAAAGAAUUAAUAAAGUUGUUUGAAGCUGACAUAGCAGCAUUUAAAAAACACAGUUUUAAUUCUUCGCAUCAAGCAAAAUGUUACAAAUACUGUAUUGACAACUUGUUGGAUGAUGAAAUAGUUAUCCAUUGUGAUUUUUCACAAAAUUAUGAAUGUAAAAUGUCGGAAGAGGUGCAGUCAAUGCACUUUGGUGCGUCGAAAACGCAAGUUACUUUGCAUACUGGCGUUAUAUUUUUUAAAGGUGGACAGAAAUCAUUUUGUACCGUUUCACCCUCCAAUGUGCAUCAGCCACAUGCAAUAUGGGCUCAUUUAAACCCAAUUAUAGACUUAGGUAAAACUUUGGUUACAGAUCUUCAAAAAAUUCACAUAUUCUCGGACGGACCCAGCUCUCAAUAUCGACAGAAGAAUAACUUUUUUUUAAUCAAUUAUUUUUCUUCAUUACAUAAUGUUGAUAUCACUUGGUCAUUUUUCGAAAGCGGCCACGGGAAAGGGGUGGCUGACGCUAUUGGAGGUGUAGUAAAGAGGUGUCUUGACAGGCAAGUUUCAUACGGGCAUGAUAUUGUAAGUGCUGCAGAUGUGUAUUCGACAUUACAGUCUUCAGUUAAAGCUGUUAAAAUUGUUUAUAUAACUGAAAUGGAAAUUAACGCUAUUAAAGUAUUUGUUCCUAAUAAUCUUAAAACUAUAAAAGGAACCAUGAACAUUCAUCAAGUUACUUGUUUACGUGGUAAUGAUCAAAUUCAGCAUCGUAUUUUGAGUUGUUUUUGUGCUAAAACUAAAAUAUCUUGCACUUGCUAUGACCCAACUGAACACACGUUUGAAAAUGUUUCAAAAAUUGUGCCACUAUCUGUACACGAAGACUACUGUAGUGCUGUAGUAGAUGAACGUGAUGAAAAUGGAGUUGAAGAAACAGAUAACCAAGUCCUAAACAACGAAAUACAAUCAUCUAUGCUACCAAACCUAGAACCUACAAUUGGUGACACCGUUUUCGCAAACCAUUUUAACAUUGCUUCCGACUUGCCAAUUAUAUGUAUAGGAGAUGAUGACCUACCACAACAAUCAGGACAAAAAGACGAAAAAGAAAAUUACGGCUUUAUAGAAUUUAAUAACGAGCGUCUAAACAUUGAAAAUGAUAAAGAGAACAUGAGAAAUAAUGAUAACCUGACAUGUUAUCAAAUUGAACUAUACCCAACAAUUUCGAAAAAUCGUUUGGAUUUAGGUUCAACCUCUAAAGAGUACACAAAGGAACCGAAGAAAAAAUCGUUGAUUUCUGUUGUGACGCGUAAAAUAGCUUGCAGCAAAUACGGUAAAGUUAUAUCACCAAGAUUCAACUGUUCAAACAGUAAUUGUGUUUUCACAAAGUACAAAGCUCUCUUUGACAAAGAUUACUCAAGUUUUGAUGCUAUACUUUUUAAUGACGACAUUCUCAAUUCUAAAGACAGACCAUUAAACCGAAAUCAGGAUCAAGUAUAUAUUUUUAAUACGUUAGAGUCCUCUUACAAUGUUCCAGCUUGUGAAGUAUAUAAUGAUGGAUUCUUCAAUUUGACUUUUACAUAUCGCCUUGACUCGGAUAUUGUGUGGAGUUACUUUGUGGUGCGAAAUCGUAAGGGAAAGAUUGUUGCCCCUAGCGUUUCUGUCAAAUGGCGAACGAGUUCCCGCCCUAUACUUAAGAAUAUAAGAACUAUUUUGGCAGGGAAGCGAAAAACAGCAGUCUGGCUUGUAAGCCACUGCGAAGCUGAUAGUUUAAGAGACGAAUACCUAACAAGGCUACAAGAGUAUCUUUUCCAUUUCGGUUUGAAAAUAGAUGUUUAUGACAAAUGUUUCAAUAAAAGGUAUCCAAAUGAUGAUUGUGAUGAAAUGAUAAAGAAACAUUACUACUUUUACAUGGCUUUCGAAAAUUCUUUCGCAGAGGAUUAUGUUACAGAGAAAGUGCUUCAUGGUUACAAUAAUUAUGCUGUUCCAGUUGUUUAUGGUGGUGCGAACUACAGCAGAUUCCUGCCUCCAAGUUCGUACAUAAACGCCCGUGAGAUGCAUCCUUACAAUUUAGCAUUCGCCAUGUACCAAGCCAUACAGACGCCGGCUGUAUAUGAAACAUACUUCAAAUGGACUAAUUUAUACACUAUCGAUGCUAAAUAUAAAUCCGACCAUCCUAUAUGCAACCUCUGUAAUAUAUUACAUCGUAAUCAGAUACGAUCAACCAAAGAGAAGUUUAGGCUCUGGUGGAACGGUCUUAAUGGUAUGAAAUGGUGUCUUUCCAAGGAAUAUUGGAAUGAAACGGCCAAUAUAAACAUUCAUGCAAGACACAUUUUUUAACUAUAUUGA